AUGGCUCUCAAGACCGCCCUCCAUCUGCGUGGUCGAUCAUCCAACGACAUCCACGGCAGCGUUUUGCCCACAGACCAUCGUACAAGCCCGCCCGUUUCCCCUGCUCCGUCUGGCACCAACACGCCAUCACGUAGUCAGUCGCUUUCACGUGGCGCUGUGGAUGCUGACGAGCCGGAUCUGACUGGUCGACAGCCCAAGCGCUCGAGCUCGUUUGGUCGUGGUCUAGGCUUGAGCGCACUCGCAGGCCUCAGCAAAGCGACGGACUCGGUGCAAUUGCCAGCAUUUGCUCGCCGUUCGGGACAUGGCAGCAAUGCAAGCGACGGUCUCAGAACGCCCCCCGCCUCUUCUGCGCAAUCGAAUGGGUUUUUGAGCGCGCAUCAAGCUCCUCCAAACGGAUCAGUAGCCGCUGUCGGCAAUCCGGAUCCUGGUCACAUUGCUCAGUUCAGUCUUCGUCUGAGCGAGCUGGUCAACAAGGCGUUUCAGCCCAUUGCCACGACAUCGCCGCCAGCUGCAAGUUUGAGCGCUGCUGUUGGCGCCGUCGCGGGAUCAACUCGUGGCGCCCCGUUGGCACCGCCGCUAUCUGCCGUCACAUAUGAUCGUCGACUGCUUCCCCUCGCCGCACGCGUUCAAGAGCUGGCCAAAUUGGUCACUUCUGAGCUUCGCUACGCCGCUGGCAUCGACGACUACUUGUUGCGAGCCGUCAGUCGCGCAGCACUCAAAGCGCUCAGUCUGUUCGUCGAUCGCAUGGAUGCGCUCCUAGUCUCGGCUGCAAGAGACGUCGGUGCAUCCUUUGUACCUCUCAACGCAAAAGACGGAGCCCAGCCGCCAGCAGCCAUGGAGUACAAUCUUGGUCUCGUCGCUCUGCUCUGGAUCGUCGAAGAUGGCCUCGAACGCUGCGUCGAGGGCGAUGAUCGCGCAGGUGCGACCCAUGUGCUCAGCUUCGAUCCACUGCCGGCAUUUGUUGCCGAGAUUCUUGCCCCUGUACGCCAGCGCAUGGAGAGAUCCAUUCUGCACAUUGUCAAUCCUCUACUGGCCAAUCUCAAAAUCGGUCUCAUCGGCUCCAUCGCCCAAGCGGUGCCAACGCCAUUUGACCGCACAGCGUCGUACCUGAGCGUUGGAGUAGGUGCAGCCACAUCGACCACCACCAUUCACUCUCCAGCUCCAGCAAAGGGUGGAUCGGCGCAAGGCCCGAUAUGGGCAAAGGACUUUGAGGGUCGCAUGGAAGGCGCUCGACGCUUGCUCCUGCCCCGGCUAGAGGCGCGAUGCGGUCUGGAUGGCGAAGGAUGGUACGUGAGCCUGGCUGUCCAGACGAUCUGGAAAGGCUUGCUUCGCCUCACGGCAAGGCCCAUGCCUCCGCCUGCAUCUCUUGUGGAUCCUUCGUGCAGCAGGCCGAGCGUCGAUGACGCCAGCAAGACGCGCAAUCCCACUCCCGCGCAAUUAACGUCAGCUCUGAAGGUGGUUGCUGGUGUUGCCCGGGGUAGGAAACGUGAAGAUGCGGUCGCUUCCUCUGGACGCGCAACUCCUGCUGCGAUGCUCGAUGCGGCGCACGAAUCUCCACCGCUGAAGCCAGCAAGCUCGCCUCCCCACGCCUCGAAAUCACUUUACGAGCAAGGAGCUGGCAGUCCGCUGGCACCUCCACAGACUGUGUGCGCACGCGCAUCCGCCCUGCAAGCAGCCGACUUUGUCGCAUUCGAGCGAUGCAUGCAAGGCUACGCGCAGGGCUUCGCGCCGACCGCGCCAGGGCCGAGGUUGCCACCAACCAGCGCGCCCAAAGCCGAUAUCGUCGCUCUCGAGGACGACGACGCUGAUAGCGAGGGCGACGACUCGGAUGCGGAUGAGCUCGCCCGAGCGGCUCUGGCAGAAGCGCUGCAGGCCAUCAGGUCCUGUGCUGUUGUGGCUGCUCACCUCGACAGCCAUCCUCUCGCGGUGCUCAACGUCCUGCGCACGGCGCGAAGUUGCCAAGCAGGAGAGGCUCAGCCAUCCACUUCGAGCGGCAUUUCCACACCCACGAGCGCCUCGACUGCGCCUGCUGAAGUCUGCCGAGCGUUGAAGGCGAUUCCGCCGCUGCUGCUCCUGCAUCUAGUGUAUGCUCGCAUGCCUCGCUCAUCCGUGUUUGACAAUGGACAACGAGGCGUGAACGACGAGGCGAUCCCGCGGAUACCAUCGCCGCCCGAGCUCUUUGGCCUAUCUUGGACCGACUAUUCGAAAGCUCUUGGCGGGUUUGCCAGCGGAGAGACUUGGGCCUCGGCUUGUGCAUCUGGUUGGUCCGAUGGGAUCGAGGGAGCGUGGAAAGCUUGCAGCACAAAAGUGGCGCAGUUGGAGGCCGCUCUAAGACAAGCUCAAUCCGAGCUCACCAAAUCGCAGAUCAAUGCGAACGCUCCCGAAAAUAUGGCGCAGCCAACCUCGCCUGGCUUGCGUCAGGGUCUCCCGGAGGCUGCGCAACGCACAAAGAACGCAGAACCGGCGUCGAGUCACAUGAGCGCAGCAAGUACUCCAGCGUUGAGCAGACAGUCAUCCGUCGCGGAACACAGCGACCAUUCCGUGGAUACGCCAGACAGCAUGACACUUUCCAUGUCUGCUCUGGAUGCGCAGCAGGGCCGCGGCGAGCCGCUUCAACAGCCGGGAGAUGCCUCUGCCGGGGUCGCGCCUGGCUUUUCUCACCUCACCUCGGUGAUUUCUGCUCCUGGCAUGGCCACGGGAGCCAAAGGGCCGCGCUGGAAUCUGCUCAAACGAUCGCAGCUCGGCAAGACUGGUCGCGAUGCUGCCGGUACCGCCGUCAAUGGUAGCUCUUCGCCCAGCCCUGAGCAAAGCCCACCCUUUGGUCCUGCGGGCGACGGCAGCGCUACGACCACCUCGAGCGCCGCACAUGGCGAGGGCAACGCUCGACGCACUCCAUUCUGGCGAACAAGCUCGACAGGUCACCAAGCAGGCUUGCAUCUAGGUGCUAACCAGCCGCACGAGAAUGGGACUACAGGCAAAGCGCACGCACCGACAGCUUUUCGCAUUCCUGGCCUAUCUUCUGCAUCCAGAUCUCACUCUCCUCGUGGCAAGGUCGAUGGCGCCACGUCUCCUGGUCUUAUGACCGAGCUAUCUUUGGAGGCGCUGGACAGCGAUUCCAGGCGCGUUUCGGGCGAUCACCUUUAUCCAGCAACUCAAAAAGCUCAAGAGAGUAUCGCCCACCUCGGCGCAGAGAAAGCUGCCGUGCAGACCGAGCUCGCAUCGCUCGACUUGCUCGCACGGACGGCCGAGUUCGUAUCACGUUCAAAAGCGGCACUGACUCAAGGCGUUGCGGACGUUGCUUUGACCAUCGGCACACCCGCACUGGACUCGCAAGUGGCGUCAGCACCAAGUGUAUCCACCGCACCCGUCGACCCUCGACUCUCUAAAUUACGCUUUGCGGAACAGUGA